GGCAAAGAAAAAAAUAAAAAGGAAAUGGAAAAACCUGAGAAGGUUCAAUUGGGAUGAUACGAGUAAGUUAGAACAUGCUAACUAGUCCUACAGUUGGCACAUGUAUUACUGAUCGUGACAAAACAUUCAAGCUCUGCAAUCAUGGGUUCAAGAAAACUGCUUCCUUUCAAGUUUAUUUGGAUCUUCAUUUUCGUGAUCAGUGUUCUAGCUCCUACAACAGAAAGCCAAAGCCAGGUUUGCUCCAUUCAGGGAAUUGACCUGGGGCUAUGUUUGAUUCAAAGAAAUAGCUCUUUUUCUAUUGAUGGUACGUGCUGCGAAGUUCUGAAUAAAGUUGUACGAGCUGGGUAUAAUUGUUUAUGCUUGUUGCUAGCAUCAUCUUUUCCUCUUCUAAACACCCCAAUUUCAUUGCCCUUGUCAAACUGUUUCAUACAUUUGCCUCCUUUGACUCUUUGCCAAGUUGUAGCUCCGAUGCCAAUUAUGUUUCCACCCAACAGUACAAAUCAAACCAAUCUACCUUCUCUGCCUCCUGAAGAUAUGCCUGUAUCUCCACCAAACGAGAUGCAAUUUUCUAUAAACUCAACUGGAAAGAAUAGCUCUACUACUGUGGCAACACAGCCACCUUCAAGCAAAAAUGCUGAUACAACUGUGUCUCCUCCGCAGGAGAUGCAGGUUUCUUUAAACUCAUCUGGGGACAAUAGCACUAAAAAUGCAGCAACAGAGCCGCCUUCUUAUGAAAUUGCUUCUCCUGAAUCAACUGUGUCUAGGAAGGGGAGUGAGACAUCAAAAGGAAGAGACAAGAUCAAGAUUAUGUUGCGUCGAAGUUUGUUCCUAUCCUUGGCUUUUCUUUCUUGUAUUAUAUUAGCAUAAUAAUCCCUUCUAGUUUGAAGAUAGACUAUCAUGUGAAAUCAAUAUGUGCACAUUCUUAAGACUUAAAAAUUCAGUAGUUUAAGAACAAGAAUCUUAGGUUUUCUUUGUCUUAUUGUUCUGAUCUUAUCAAUAUGUCUUGAUCAGGACCAUCGCUUGUAACACUGAUCACAUCCACGAUUAACAGACUUGCACUA